AUGAAAAAUUAUGGAACAACAAAAUUUUCACACUCAUCUCUUUUUACUGGACAUGAAUUAGAUACAUACAAUUAUAAAGUUAUACAAGAUUCAAAAAGUGAAUAUUUAAAGAAUAACAAAAAAGAAUUAUCUUAUAAUCAGGAAGAAGAUAGAAAAUAUUAUUUAAACAAAAAUUUAAAGAAUCAUCAAAAAACAAGUAACGAUAAAGUUAUAAGUGCAAGAAACGAUAAUUGUUGUUGUUCUACACCAUUACUUUCAAAAUAUUAUAAUAUGCAUCAUAAUAACUCCAUUAACAAUCCAUUUUCUUCAAAUAAAUAUACUGAAUCAAAUUCUCAUAUGCGUAAUUAUACUAUCAAAAAUUACCAUUGUUGUUGUGGAAAUGUACAUGUUGUUUUAGGUGCAAAACUUUUUCUAGUAUUUUAUAUUGGAUUAACAUUUUUAGGAAUAUGGUAUGGUGCUAAAUCAACAGCUGUAUGGGCUUUCAUUCCUAUUUUUGUAAUUUCAUCAUCAAUAUAUGGCUUUCAUAAACAACGUCAUAAAUAUAUUUAUCCAUUUUUGAUUGUUUCCAUUGUACAAAUUAUUGCAUGUUUAAUUUUAUCAAUUGUCAUCGUUUCAUUUUCAAUAGCUAAUUACGGAACAUUACAUAAUAUCGUCGCAACGAAUAAUUUUAUACCAUUGUCAAAAGAUGACGUUACAGAUACAACUAUUGUUAUUAUAGUUGGAUUACUUGUAGGAUUUUGUUGUCUUAUGUCAUUAAUACAUGUUUGGCAAUGUAUUGUAAUUUACAAUUGUUUAGAAUUUUUUGAAUCAAUCAACAAUAAUGAAUGGUUAAAUGGUUGUCAAAGUGAAAUUUUAUUUAAAACAUCAAAUGAUGUUACAAAUCCAUACCAAGAUAGUUACAAUCUUGAUAUUGUUAAUAAAAAUAUAAUUGUUGAAGAAUAA